GUGCGCAGCAGGUCCCUGUGGCGGGUGGAGCCAAGUGAGGGAGAGGUUCCACCCCAGGGGAAGCUGGAGCUGAGGCUAGUGGCUCACCUGGAUGACACCCUGCAUUUCCAGGACAAGCUGCACCUGUCCAUCCAGAAUAGUGAAACACAAACCAUCCCUCUCUCUGCUACUGGCAAGGGCACUACUAUUGUCACCAACCGCCCUUUUGCCCCCAGUCUGGACUUGGGAGCCCAUUUCAGGUAGGUAUAGCUACGAGUGUGGAAAUACUGAAUGUGCAUACUUUACAAAUUCAAUCAAAUCAGUCAUUCAAAUCCUUUUUAUUCUUUCCCCCUGAAACCUUGCCUUCUGUCCUCUGCUCCCCAGCUCUGGACCAUGUCAGUACCAUUUUAGAGUGACCAACCGAGGUCGCCGUUCCCACCAGCUGUACUGGACGACGGAGGGGUACCCCCAGUUCCGCCGAAGAGUUCCCCCACUCGCCAACACCACCAGGAAGGGAAAGAGUCGCAGCUCCCUGGUACCCCCACCUGUAGAUGGGCCAGUCUUCAGCCUGCACCCCAUGCGUAUGGGGCUGGCCCCGGGACAUACUGCUGACAUGGUGCUGGAGGGCUCCUCUGACUCUCCCAAGGUGGGAACAUGAGACAAUGGUGGCAAACACGCCUCUGUCAGACACAACCUAGAUAUUCAGUUGAGAUCUAGAAACAUACACACUCCCUCAAAAUACAGAUACAGUAUGUGUCUCAAUGAAAAUCUAUGCGGAUCGUGUAUUGUGUGUUACUAGGGAAAAAAUUUGUUGGAGUCAACAUUGACGACAAUGGUCUUCAUCAACACCUAAAGUUGUUGGACUUUGAAUAAAUGAUAGAAUUUUCUUCCCAAGACCUAGUAUGUUUCACCACAUUAUACCUUUAUGAACUCCAGUUUUUUUGUUCAGCCAAACCAGUUCCAUUUAGUGGAGCAUUACCAGUGUUUGAUGAUAGUAAUCACAGCUGGUUAUUAACAUUUGCUAACAUUAGGAGAAAAUACAGUCAGUGCACUCUUAGCUAGCAUAUCAGAUCACGACACAGGGGGUUCAAGGUUGAAUACUACAGAGAUAAAGGUGCUGAAAGCCCCUCCUUAAUCUUCCCAAAUUCCAACUGCACAGGCCAGGGUGUUGACUUCCUCUCUGGGGUAUUACUGGGAUGCAUGCCUCCUUGAGUCCUUAUUGAUUGAAUGGUGAACAGGAGAGGGAAAGAAGCAAGAACCAGAGAUAAGCCCAUGCCACUGCAGCCUCUGUGAUCCCCUAAAUCUUUGAAUGGCUAUUGUGGAGUUGUAAUUCAGGAAAGCCCAAGCAAAGCAGAGCGUGGCUGUGUCUCAGAAAAGCUUUGGCAUGGCAGGGCUGUAUUUUUGUUGGGUAGUUAUAGGAAACUAUGUCACAUUUAUACCUACACAAGGUCAAAAGCUGAGCUUAAGUGCAUAAUUGUAUCUGCUGGUAUAAAGGUUGUCUUGAACUAAUGGGAUGUGUGUACUGAAUACCUGUGUUUCUAACCCAGGUGGUCCGAGAGAGGCUGGUGUGUCACGCCAUCCUAGGUCACCAGAGUGGGAAGGAGCGCAUCAUGACGGUGGACGUCACAUGUCGGUUUGUCUCACCCAUCCUGGACAUCUCCUCUCAGCAGCUCAGCUUCUAUGUGGAGAAGGUGUGUGACACCAAUCACUCAUCACCCACAGCCUUAAACUUGCUGCCUUUCUGCUCACAACUUACAUAACAGAAACAAGCCUCUGUGCAAGUGCAUUGAAGCCUUAGUGCAUGGAAUUCACAUAAGUUUCUACAAUCAUGGUGGAGCCAUCCAUGCCCAAUGACACACAUUUCAUAAUGCUUGCAGUGUUUCCCCAAUAUGCAUUUAGCAGCGGUGCACCGCCACUGCAAUUAAAAAAUAUAUAUAAUGUAGAUGUAUAGAUGUAUGCCCCAGGAAGACCCCAUCCGCCGCCCCGCAGGAAGACCCCUCCCCCCACUAACUCUGCCACCGCUGCUGAAAAAAAAUGGGGGGAAACACUGUCUUGAAACAAUAGACCUCACAUCACUCAUUUGUUCAUUGAAGGCAUUCAGUGUGUAGCAGAUCGGUGGCUGAGUUCUGUUGAGACAUUGUGUUUAUUUUAUCCAGCUCCAGUGUCAGAAGUGCUUUGCUCCAUGAAGCUAGAUCACAGUGAUUAUCUCCUAUGGAAAUUAUACUGUACACUUCUGCACCAGUUUGUUCCUGAUUUAUGAUGUUAAAGAUGGCAAUGGUUCUGACAGAGCACAAAGCUUUGCCCCAGAUUCUGUUAGUAUAACCAAUAAUAUAUGAACCCAGUGGACAGGCGAGGAAGUUGUUGACCAGAGGGGUUCGGCUCAAAUCCAAAAUUAGUCCACUUCUUGCAGUAUGCUUAAACCUGAAUACACAUUAUGCCUAUUAGAAGAUGAACUUGGGUUUAAGUUAUUUUCAAGGAUUUUAUGGGGAUAGCAAAAAGCACUCUGCACUCUCCAUCCGAUAUCAUCAGAAUGAUUGAAUUCUGAAUGAGGAAGAAUGAGGCGUCACCACUAUCAUCAUAAUGAAACUGAUUUCCUGUCCCUCCAUUUGACUUUUAUUAUCACUAGCACAAACUCUAUCGCAAUGUUUGUAUUAUCGCCCCUUUUCGUGCUGAACCUGUGCAGAUUUUUACACAUAUCUCACAUCUCCUGGCAGCUGCUUUCAGGUCCUGUUGCUGAUCAACCUUUCAGAAAUGAAAAUGAUAAUUUAUUUCAGUGACAUUCUUUUAUCUGACUCUGUCCCAUGAAUCUAUGUGUUGACAGCCUUGCCUCUAGAUUUACAGGCUGUUUGUGCAGCAGAGCUCUCUGGGAUAAAGCAAUUAGAGAGAGGGAAAUGGGAUGGGGGAAGGAAUGGAGAGGGAGAGGGGGAGAGAGGAAUGGGUAAGGAGAGACAGCAAGAAAUAAAGGGAUAAGAAAUGCAGUAGAGUUGAGAGGAGGAGGGAGAGAGGCUGAGAAUGAAUUGGCCAUGUAUAAGGCCUGCUGUAAAUUGUGUUGCCCACACAAGAAAGGGAUAGAUAGAGAUUAUAGAUUGAGUUAUUUCUGCUUUGCUUAACCUUUAAGAAGUUAUUAACUACAGGGCAUUAUAGUCAGUUGACUCCCAGUCUCUAGAGUUUACAGUAUUGAAUACCGGUAGUUACUUAAUUCAUCUUCACAAUCAGUCUUAUCUUUACUUUUCAAAUAUGUGUGUGUGUUAGAUUUAUAAAUGUGUGACUGUUGGUGCCCCCACUGCAGGCUCCAGGUGUCUCUCUGCUUCCUCUCUACCAAAAGCUGCUGCUGAGGAAUGUGUCGUCUCUGGCCCUCUCUCUGCAGCUCACUCUGGCUGAGCCCUUUGGUCUGUCUGACCACGAUGGUGAUCACACAUGUGUCACUUCUAAGGUACAUCCUUCUGCAGGCAAUACUUGUACAAUACAUCACAGGAAUUAUAGCCUUGGUUCAUACUUAACAUAAUCUGACACUGUUGAUUCUUUAACAUUUUGGGGUGGGUAUCUGUGUCUAGUAUUGAGGGGCAGGUACCAUAUUAUGUCCAUGUCUCUGUGUUGAUAGACUUUGGUACUGGCUGUAGGAGUGCAGACGGAGCAGUGGGUACGCUUCGACCCCUCAUACUGCCAGGACAGUAUAACGCGGGUGGCUGAGGAGGUGCUGGAGGUGCGUUACUCAGACCAUCCUCAGCAGGACACGGUGGACCUGAGGGGAGAGGUCCACUUCCCCAACCUGCACUUCUCAAGUGUGGCUCUGGACUUUGGCUGUGUACUGAAUCACACCGAGGCUCAGCGCCAGCUCACCAUGACCAACUGCAGCCCUCUGUCUGUGUCCUACCACUGGGCCUUCCUGGUCGACCAGCAGCAGUACACCAUCAGGUAGAGAGCCUAGUCCACCUCAACCACGUCACCAUUAGACUUGUUUAGCCACCAUCCCUGGGAAAGAAAACUCAGGAAUGAAGCAGAGAAUAUCCCUGACCUUUGUGUGUGUGCGUACUCCUAAACACUUCAUUACCUUCCCUCUAUUGGAUGGCUUAUUGUUAUAAAGGGUUGGGGAUAUUGUUUAUUGUGGUUCCACUGUUUAUUUGAGAUUCUAUUGAGGCACAGGAGGGCUCCAGUUUUCAUGUAGUUCCAGGAGGGGACAGAUGGUGCAGACGCAGCUGGUGUAGCCGAGGAAAGGAACUCCUCCGUAUUAAGACUGCAUUUAGUCAAGCUGUUCAUUUCCCCCUCAAUUGAAAAGAUGCUGAGCAUCAGACUGCUCAUCAAGCCACUUUCCUUUCUCUUAAGAGGCUGAAACGAAAUUCCACUCCUGUUAACUGUGUGUGUAAGAAUGUCUAAUGAGGAGUGUUUGAAAUGUGUAAGCACAUACCAUACUGUACUGGAGUGGCCACCUCUGGGAUUAGGAGUUUAUAGUUGUCUGAGAUGGGGAAAAGCUAGAUGAUUGCACCGUUAGCAAAGCCAAAUCCAGCCAUUCUUUAAGGAAACCAACAGGAAAAAAAUAAUCUGAGACGCUUCAAAAAAAAGUUUGAUCUACUGACGGUGCAAACAUAUUGCUUUUUUCAUCUAUAGCUCUACCUAGGCAGCCAUUCCUUGGAUCCAUCUUGGGAACACAAAGUAAACUAGCCUAAAAGCCAGUCCUUGGCUGUGACUACUCAGCACCACACUCCUUUAAUCUCCUCACACCAGUCAAGAAGGGACCCAAUCUGUUACACUACAACUAUUUGGCUACCAUUUCAAGCUAUCUAUUUUGAGGGAAUAUGAACCCCAAGCAGCUCUACAAUAUGCAGUUGCCAUCAGUAGAUAUCAGUUAAUUGUGCAUCAAGAUCUAUAGACUCCAUAUCAAUGAUGUCCUGCUUUUUGUGAUCACAGCAGGGUUUCUGCAGUGUUUACAGAAAGCAGAUUUUCAGCAAAAUAAUUUGAUAGUAGAAAUUAUUAUAAGUGAAGUAGAAAAUAAAACAAAUACUACACUCUAAGCACUCAAAGUAGUCAAAAGGCCUAUGCUGGCUCUGAUGUUAAAUCUCAGCUGUCAAUACAGCUCCAAUCUCUGGCAGCGUAGUGUUGAGUUUUUAUAGUUUUUAAUUGUUCUUCAGCUGCUGCCAUGUCCUGCCUCAGAUGAAUCAAUAGUGCUGUCUCUCUGUGGGGCUAAAGUUCAGGCCAGUGAAGAUUUAUCACAGCCUCCUGCUUUUCAUUUCUCCAGACCCAUCCUCUUAGAAGUGGAUGACCCUUCCUAUCAAUAUUCACAGGGUUUACACAAUGCACAGGCCAACCUGCUAAUUAAAUGCCUAUCAGUAAUUAAAUCAUGGGUGAUCCUGCUAUUUUUAUUGCACCAUUUUCAUCCACUUAGCUAACUGAUUUAUGGUGUAUAUGUUGCUGACGGACAGUUUCAUCUUGACCAGCUCAAGCCCCUUGCUAUCCAUUGCUGAUUUGGUGCUGAUGGAUUUCACUUUCCCAGGUUUCCUGAGCAGACCAACGUGAGUAAGGGAAGAGCGACCACACAUGAGGAGGAGAGGGAUACGCAAUGGGACCUGUCCAAAAAGAGAAACAUUGACAUCAGAGUGGACUCAAACAGGUCUGAUCCUGCCGUUCACCAAGCUCCAGUACUUGCACCCUGUAUCGGAAUAGAAUGAGCAAUAUCAUGUAUUUAUAUCAUGUCAACAUAUAGACAGAAAUUAGCUUCUUAUAGCAGAGAUUCACAGCAGGCUUAUUUCAUACGAUAGUGACUACAUAUAGAAUCAGAUUUUUUGAACUUCACAUUAAUUGGAAAUAAUUCCAAAUGGUUGAAGAACUGGAUUCUCAGCAUCUAGCCCAGUUAUAGCAGAGAAUAAUCAUUUCAGGCAUCUCCCAUGAAGGUCUUCACUUCAGAUGCUCUUUGAAAAGGCAUUGGGCUUCGUGGACAACAUUAACGAUAUAAAAAUGUAUACUUUUCUCUCUCUGCUGACUGUUUUGUGUAAUUGAAAUAUUAUUUGUUCCAGAGACUUCUGAGGUGUCUGGGGACUAGUGUGUUGGAAUGUCAGCACAUGCACACAGUGGUGCACAUGCACACACAUGCACAUACAUAUGCACACACACACAAAUGCUUACAAAUGAGAGCAGUGGGACAAGAUAGAAAGCUUAAAAUCCUCUAUUUUCUGGUGAGAGAAAAUAUGGUGGUUCCUCCUGACAGUGGUCCUCUGGAGUAUAUUAAUUUCCCUGUUAAAUUAUCUCUGCUGGUGGAACAAACUGCCAUAGAAUUCCGCAUACAACACUGCCCCCUGCUGUUACUCCACAAAACACCUACUCUUACUAUAGUCUGCAGGCUCUACCUGCUUGGUCUCUUAUGUCACCAUGUCUCCUUGUAUUUUGUAUCUCUGUAUGAAUCUGUGUGUCUCUCUAUGUCGCCAUUUCACUACAUUUCUGUCAAUUUGCAUGUCUGUCUCUCAUUUAUUAUCUGGCAACAUCUGUCCAGUCCCCUUUCUUGCAAAAUUAUUUUUCAGUCCAUUGGAGCAGUUCUAUUAAAAUGUCAGUAAUUAAUGAGCAUUCUGUAAUUAAUUAACAUCAUGGAUGUACCAAGCGUGUAGCUACCAAGGAGGGGGGAGGGAGAGAGAGCGAGAGAGAGAGACGAGAUAGUGUUGUUGGGGGAGGAUCAGGAAGCUUCUGAGAGGACAUACUGUGCUAGUAUGAAUUCCUUCACUGAUUUCUUUUAUUGCUCAUUUUAAUGGACUAAUGAAUCUUUGUUUUUUACUUUGUUAAUGUGUCUGUUACUUGGAUCCCUUACUCGAUCCAAGAUUAAAUGUCCAGUGAGUUGUCUUUAUUACAGCUCAAUUCUGUAGAUAUAACAUAACACAUUAUAAACUUUUUCUUCAGGGAAAUUGAGGUUCCCAAACUGCUCCUGGAUAAGGAGGGGGAGGAAGAGAAGGGAGACCAAGAUAAUGAGACUAAGGAGGGGAGGGGCUCUCCCAAAGAUCCCCUGUCAGCUCCAGUCACCACCACUCUCAUCACAGAGGGGAGGCAGAGCCAGGGGCGAGGCAGCUACAACCCCAGCAGACAGGAGCACAACAGGACCUCACCAGCACAGUGGCCAGCCAGUACUGAUCAGAACACAGGCACAGCAAGCCACACUACAAAGGAGCACCCCAGUGUUGGAGUGGAGGAGGUACAGUACCCACUAUCAGGUGCCCAGCUGAUAAGGUUUCCUCUCUGUCUCUAUUGCUCAUUAUUGAAAAUGAUGAUAAUGCCCUUUUAGAGUAAGAGCUGUUUGAAAAGACAGCCUAAAAUGUUGUUUUGGUGGGAUAGAGUUUUGGCCUUCCAUGGUGACAUCACCAGGCGGUAAAUUAGUUAAUAGACCAAUAUGAAAGAGUUCCAAACCUCUCUGCCAAUAACAGCUAGUUUUCAGUUUUCCAGUCCCCACUCAGGCCAGACAGUCUUAGCAAAAUUCUUGUUUGAGAAAUUGCUCUUUGCUAAGAAGCUAUUUUUGUUUCUUUUUACCAUUUUAAUUGAAAACAAUCACAGUAAGGUACUUAAUUGUUACCCAGAAAUUAUUUAAUAUUGAGAUAAAAACAGCUGCAUUGGACCAACAGAGAACAUUGUUGAAUUGAAUUACAAUAUUGAAUUGAAUUAUUCCUUUGUGCAUCUCCUACCCUCUCACUAUUGUUCUAUCCAUAUGUCCUUGUGUCUUUCUCUAUCGGUCUAUCAUUGUUCUGACCUACUGUAUACCUCUUUAUCUGUCUCUCCUCCUCUCCUUGAUGUAGGUGUUUGAUAUCCUACCUAUAUAUGGGGUGCUGCAGCCAGGUGAAAGCCAUCUUGUGUCCUUCUCCUUUUACGGUCAUGCUGACAUCAGUGGUCAGGUUCUGGCUCUGUGUGAGGUCGAGGAGGGCCCCACGUAUGAAAUCACACUCAAAGGAGAGGCUUCACUGGUCACCUACAGCCUGGACAGAACAGAGAUAGACUUUGGCCUUCAGGUAUUUGUACUAUGGUCACCCUGAGGCUGUGUUAGUUGAGUCCAGUUCACUUGUGAAGGAUAGAGGUAUCUGUGUUGGCUUUCUUUGCUUGUGUUUUUCAUUCGUCCCUGUUUGGGUAUGCAAUUAUCAUUGAUAUUCAAACAAGGACUUAUUGAUUUUUUUAUUUGUAAAUGAGUGAAUCAGCAGAAUCGUCUCCUCCUUGCCGGUUCAGCAUACAUUUUUUGGAUCCAUUCCCGCUCUUCUUCUUCCCUUCUUUCUCCUGCAGUUGUUUGACCGUGUGGCAGAGGCAGAGAUCACCCUGAGGAACACAGGGAAGGUGGGCUUUGAGUUCAGUGCUCUGUUGGGGGAGCAGGAUGGGUGUGAGGACCCUCGGCCUGGACAUCCCCUGGUCAUCUCCAGAAUGGUGAGACAGCCCACAGCACAGGGGAACCUUCCUUUUACAGUCUGCUUUCUCUAUCAAUCCUUUAGUGUAACUACAUACACACUUUAUGUAGUUACUUUCAAGAGAUUUUGGCAGAGCCAGAUGAACUUGUGGAUACCAUUUUUAUGUGUCUGUGUCCAUUAUGCUAGCAGAUACCCAUAGACUUCCAGUCAUUGCGCUAACGCUAGUUAGCAUUGGCUCGCAAAAAUACCUCUAACUUUCUUCAUACUGGACACAGAGACAUACAAAUGGUAUCCAUGAGUUAAUCUGACUCUGGGGAAGUAGAUAAAGGGCCUCAUUGCCAAAAUCCCCAAGUAUCCCUUUAAGCACCUUUCAAAAAACCCAAGGACACUGUACAGCAAAGAGUAUAAAACAAAACAAGACAAAACAAAAGCUACUUAGCUUAGGCUAAGGCUGAGUAAGGGCGCUAAGCUGAGGUUUUACUGUAGCUAUUUACGGUGUUUCCUUAUGUAACCCUUUGCUUGUCUCUCAUUACUUAAAGGGUUACAUCGAGGCGAAUGCAGAGCAGAAGCUGUCAGUGUACUAUCUCCCUGGGAUCCCUGAGGUCUUCCACAAGACUUUCCAGCUGCAGGUGGCUUUCUUUGAGCCAGAGAGCAUCACUCUUAGAGGAGAGGGCAUCUUCCCCAGGGUGUGCCUGGACCUACCCAGAGAGCUCGGUAUGUGCCUGUGUUUAUUGUGGAGGUCUAUCUCGAUACUCUAAAACUGUUUUGUUGCAGUGUGUAACUCGCUAUUCUUGUAUUGUGUAGAUGAUGAGAGGUAUACUGCAGUGGUGAAGGAGGCCAAGAAGGCCCUGGAGGAGGACAGGAGGGAUGUGGGCAUCAGCCGGCCUGCUACUGGAGAGGGCCUUCUGUCAGACAUGGACUACAUCCCUACAGUCAGUACCUACUGUAUCACAAUCACUCAUCACUUUCCCCUUGAUUCAUGUACAGUGCAUUUGAAAAGUAUUCAGACCCUGGUGCCAAUGUACACUACUGGUCAAAAGUUUUAGAACACCUACUCAUUCAAGGGUUUUUCUUUAUUUUUUACUAUUUUCUACAUUGUAGAAUAAUAGUGAAGACAUCAAAACUAUGAAAUAACACAUAUAGAUUCAUGUAGUAAAGAAAAAGUAUUAAACAAAUCAAAAUAUAUUUUAUAUUUGAGAUUCUUCAAAUAGCCACCCUUUGCCUUGAUGACACCUUUGCACACUCUUGGCAUUCUCUCAAUCAGCUUCAUGAUGUAGUCACCUGGAAUGCAUUUCAAUUAACAGGUGUGCCUCCAUGGCUAUGCAUAAGUUAAUUUGUGGAAUUUCUUUCCUUCUUAAUGUGUUUGAGCCAAUCAGUUGUGUUGUGACAAGGUAGGGGGGGUAUACAGACAAUAGCCCUAUUUGGUAAAAGACCAAGGCCAUAUUAUACAAGAACAGCUCAAAUAAGCAAAGAGAAAUGACAGUCCAUCAUUACUUUAAGACAUGAAGGUCAGUCAAUACAGAACAUUUCAAGAACUUUGAAUUGCAGUCACAAAAACCACCAAGCGCUAUGAUGAAACUGGCUCUCAUGAGGACCGCCACAGGAAUGGAAGACCAAGAAUUACCUCUGCUGCAGAGGAUAAGUUCAUUAGAGUUAGCAGCCUCAGAAAUUGCAGCCCAAGUAAAUGAUUCACAGAGUUCAAGUAACGGACACAUCUCAACAUCAACUGUUCAGAGGAGACUACGUGAAUGAGGCGUUCAUGGUCUAAUUGCUGCAAAGAAACCACUACUAAAGGACACCAAUAAGAAGAAGAGACUUGCUUGGGCCAAGAAACACGAGCAAUGGAAAUUAGACUGGUGGAAAUGUGUCCUUUGGUCUGGAGUCCAAGUUUGAGAUUUUUGGUUCCAACCGCCAUGUCUUUGUGAGACGUGGUGUGGGUGAACGGAUGAUCUCCGCAUGUGUAUUUCCCACUGUAAAGCAUGGAGGAGGAGGUGUUAUGGUGUGGGGGUGCUUUGCUGGUGACACUGUCUGUGAUUUAUUUAGAAUUGACUUAACCAGCAUGGCUACCACAGCAUUCUGCAGCGAUACGCCAUCCCAUCUGGUUUGUGCUUAGUGGGACUAUCAUUUGUUUUUCAACAGGACAAUGACCCAACACACCUCCAGGCUGUGUAAGGGCUAUUUUACCAAGAAGGAGAGUGAUGGAGUGAUGCAUCAGAUGACCUGGCCUCCACAAUCCCCUGACCUCAACCAAAUUGAGAUGGUUUGGGAUGAGUCGGACCGCAGAGUGAAGGAAAAGCAGCCAACAAGUGCUCAGCAUACAGUGGGGGAAAAAAGUAUUUAGUCAGCCACCAAUUGUGCAAGUUCUCCCACUUAAAAAGAUGAGAGAGGCCUGUAAUUUUCAUCAUAGGUACACGUCAACUAUGACAGACAGAAUGAGAAAAAAAAAUCCAGAAAAUCACAUUGUAGGAUUUUUUAUGAAUUUAUUUGCAAAUUAUGGUGGAAAAUAAGUAUUUGGUCAAUAACAAAAGUUUCUCAAUACUUUGUUAUAUAACCUUUGUUGGAAAUGACACAGGUCAAACGUUUUCUGUAAGUCUUCACAAGGUUUUCACACACUGUUGCUGGUAUUUUGGCCCAUUCCUCCAUGCAGAUCUCCUCUAGAGCAGUGAUGUUUUGGGGCUGUCGCUGGGCAACACGGACUUUCAACUCCCUCCAAAGAUUUUCUAUGGGGUUGAGAUCUGGAGACUGGCUAGGCCACUCCAGGACCUUGAAAUGCUUCUUACGAAGCCACUCCUUCGUUGCCCGGGCGGUGUGUUUGGGAUCAUUGUCAUGCUUAAAGACCCAGCCACGUUUCAUCUUCAAUGCCCUUGCUGAUGGAAGGAGGAUUUCACUCAAAAUCUCACGAUACAUGGCCCCAUUCAUUCUUUCCUUUACACGGAUCAGUCGUCCUGGUCCCUUUGCAGAAAAACAGCCCCAAAGCAUGAUGUUUCCACCCCCAUGCUUCACAGUAGGUAUGGUGUUCUUUGGAUGCAACUCGGCAUUCUUUGUCCUCCAAACACGACAAGUUGAGUUUUUACCAAAAAGUUAUAUUUUGGUUUCAUCUGACCAUGUGACAUUCUCCCAAUCCUCUUCUGGAUCAUCCAAAUGCACUCUAGCAAACUUCAGACGGGCCUGGACAUGUACUGGCUUAAGCAGGGGGACACGUCUUGCACUGCAGGAUUUGAGUCCCUGGCGGCGUAGUGUAUUACUGAUGGUAGGCUUUGUUACUUUGGUCCCAGCUCUCUGCAAGUCAUUCACUAGGUCCCCCCGUGUGGUUCUGGGAUUUUUGCUCACCGUUCUUGUGAUCAUUUUGACCCCACGGGUUGAGAUCUUGCGUGGAGCCCCAGAUCGAGGGAGAUUAUCAGUGGUCUUGUAUGUCUUCCAUUUCCUAAUAAUUGCUCCCACAGUUGAUUUCUUCAAACCAAGCUGCUUACCUAUUGCAGAUUCAGUCUUCCCAGCCUGGUGCAGGUCUACAAUUUUGUUUCUGGUGUCCUUUGACAGCUCUUUGGUCUUGGCCAUAGUGGAGUUUGGAGUGUGACUGUUUGAGGUUGUGGACAGGUGUCUUUUAUACUGAUAACAAGUUCAAACAGGUGCCAUUAAUACAGGUAACGAUUGGAGGACAGAGGAGCCUCUUAAAGAAGAAGUUACAGGUCUGUGAGAGCCAGGAAUCUUGCUUGUUUGUAGGUGACCAAAUACUUAUUUUACACCAUAAUUUGCAAAUAAAUUCAUUAAAAAUCCUACAAUGUGAUUUUCUGGAUUUUCUUUUCUCAAUUUGUCCGUCAUAGUUGACGUGUACCUAUGAUGAAAAUUACAGGCCUCUCUCAUCUUUUUAAGUGGGAGAACUAGCACAAUUGGUGGCUGACUAAAUACUUUUUUUUUCCCCACUGUAUGUGGGAAGUCCUUCAAGACUGUUUGAAAAGCAUUCCAGGUGAAGCUGGUUGAGAGAAUGCCAAGAGUGUGGAAAUCUGUCAUCAAGGCACAAGGUGGCUACUUUGAAGAAUCUAAAAUAUAAAAUAUAUUAAGAUUUGUUUAACACUUUUUUGGUUACUACAUGAUUCCAUAUGUGUUAUUUCAUAGCUUUGAUGUCUUCACUAUUAUUCUACAAUGUAGAAAAUAGUAAAAAAUUAAAUAAAGAAAAACCCUUGAAUGAGUAGGUGUUCUAAAACUUUUGACCGGUAGUGUAUAUAAAAAAUAAAUAAAUGAAAUAUCACAUUUACAUAAGUAUUCAGACCCUUUACUCAGUACUUUGUUGAAGCACCUUUGGCAGCGAUUACAGCCUUGAUUCUUCUUGGGUAUGACGCUACAAGCUUGGCACACCUGUAUUUGGGGAGUUUCUCCCAUUCUUCUCUGCAGAUCCUCUCAAGCUCUGUAAGGUUGGAUGGGGAGUGUCGCUGCACAGCUAUUUUCAGGUCUCUCCAGAGAUGUUAGAUCGGGUUCAAGUCCGGGCUCUGGCUGGGCCUCUCAAGGACAUUCAGAGACUUGUCCCGAAGCAACUCCUGCAUUGUCUUGGCUGUGUGCUUAGGGUCGUUCUCCUGUUAGAAGGUGAACCUUCGCCCCAGUCUGAGGUCCUGAGCGCUCUGGAGCAGUUUUUUUUUCAAGGAUCUCUCUGUAUUUUGCUCCGUUCAUCUUUCCCUUGAUCCUGACUAGUCUUCCAGUCCCUGCCGCUGAAAAACAUCCCCACAGCAUGAUGCUGCCACCACCAUGCUUUACCGUAGGGAUAGUACCAGGUUUCUUCCAGAUGUGACGCUUGGCAUUCAGGCCAAAGAGUUCAAUCUUGGUUUCAUCAGACCAGAGAAUCUUGUUUCUAAUGGUCUGAGAGUCCUUUAGGUGCCUUUUGGCAAACUCCAAGUGGGCUGUCAUUUGCCUUUUACUGAGUAGUGGCUUCUGUCUGGCCACUCUACCAUAAAGGCCUGAUUGGUGGAGAUGUGCAGAGAUGGUUGUCCUUCUGGAAGGUUCUCCCAUCUCCACAGAGGAACUUUGGAGCUCUGUCAGAGUGACCAUCGGGUUCUUGGUCACCUCCCUAACCAAGGCCCUUCUCCCCCGAUUGCUCAGUUUGGCCGGGGCGGCCAGCUCUUGGUGGUUCCAAACUUCUUCCAUUUAAGAAUGAUGGAGGCCACCGUAUUCUUGGGGACCUUCAAUGCUGCAGACAUUUUUUGGUACCCUUCCCCAGAUCUGUGCCUUGACACAAUAAUUUACAUUUACAUUUUAGUCAUUUAGCAGACGCUCUUAUCCAGAGCGACUUACAGGAGCAAUUAGGGUUAAGUGCCUUGCUCAAGGGCACAUUUACGUCAUUUAGCAGACGCUCUUAUCCAGAGCGACUUACAAAUUGGUGCAUUCACCCUAUAGCCAGUGGGAAAACCACUUUACACAAGAUUACUUUAUCAUAUCCCAGGUAUUCCUUAAAGAGGUGGGGUUUCAAAUGUCUCCGGAAGGUGGUGAGUGACUCCGCUGUCCUGGCGUCGUGAGGGAGCUUGUUCCACCAUUGGGGUGCCAGAGCAGCGAACAGUUUUGACUGGGCUGAGCGGGAACUAUGCUUCCGCAGAGGAAGGGGAGCCAGCAGGCCAGAGGUGGAUGAACGCAAUGCCCUCGUUUGGGUGUAGGGACUGAUCAGAGCCCGAAGGUACGGAGGUGCCGUUCCCCUCACUGCUCCAUAGGCAAGCACCAUGGUCUUGUAACGGAUGCGAGCUUCAACUGGAAGCCAGUGGAGUGUGCGGAGGAGGGGGGUGACGUGAGAGAACUUGGGAAGGUUGAACACCAGACGGGCUGCGGCAUUCUGGAUGAGUUGUAGGGGUUUAAUGGCACAGGCAGGGAGGCCAGCCAACAGCGAGUUGCAGUAAUCCAGACGGGAGAUGACAAGUGCCUGGAUUAGGACCUGUGCCGCUUCCUGUGUAAGGCAGGGUCGUACUCUCCGAAUGUUGUAGAGCAUGAACCUGCAGGAUCGGGUCACCGCCUUGAUGUUAGCGGAGAACGACAGGGUGUUGUCCAGGGUCACGCCAAGGCUCUUCGCACUCUGGGAGGAGGACACAACGGAGUUGUCAACCGUGAUGGCGAGAUCAUGGAACGGGCAGUCCUUCCCCGGGAGGAAGAGCAGCUCCGUCUUGCCAGGGUUCAGCUUGAGGUGGUGAUCCGUCAUCCAUACUGAUAUGUCUGCCAGACAUGCAGAGAUGCGAUUCGCCACCUGGUUAUCAGAAGGGGGAAAGAGCUGAGCUCUACGGACAAUUCCUUCGACCUCAUGGCAUGACCUCUUGCUCUGACAUCAAAAUCAAAUCAAAUUGUAUUCGUCACAUGUGCAGAAUACAACAGGUGUAAACCUUACAGUGAAAUGCUUAUUUUCAAGCCGUUAACCAACAAUGCAGUUUUAAGAAAGAAUACCCAAAAAAUCACAAAAAAAUACAAUAUAAAAUAAUACGAAAUAAAAGUAACAAAUAAUUAAAGAGCAGCAGUACAAAUAACAAUAGCGAGGCUAUAUACAGGGGGUACCGGUACCGAGUCAAUGUGCGGGGGCACCGGUUAGUCAAGGUAAUUUAGGUAAUAUGUACAUGUAGGUAGAGUUAUUAAAGUGACUAUGCAUAGAUAAUAAACAGAGAGUAGCAGCAGCAUAAAAGUGGGGGGUCUGGGUAGCCGUUUGAUUAGAUGUUCAGGCGUCUUAUGGCUUGGGGGUAGAAGCCGUGGGACCUUAUAUAGACAGGUGUGCGUGCCUUUCCAAAUCAUGUCCAAUCAAUUGAAUUUACCACAGGUGGACUCCAAUCAAGUUGUAGAAACAUCUCAAGGAUGAUCAAUGGAAACAGGAUGCACCUAAGCUCAAUUUCGAGUCUCAUAGCAAAAUGUCUGAAUACUUUAUUUUUUUUAAAUAAGGUAUUUUUGUUUUUUAUUUUGAAUACAUUUGCUAAAAUUGAUAAAAACCUGUUUUCGCUUCGUCAUUAUGGGGAAUUGUGUGUAGAUUGAUGGGGGAAAAAAACAAUUUAAUCCAUUUUAGAAUAAGGCUGUAACGUAACAAAAUGUGGAAAAAGGGAAGGGGUCUGAAUACUUUCCAAAUGCACUGUACAUAGAUCUCACCGUUAUGAUUGUCUUCAUAAGACGAAAACAAAGCUAAUAUGUUCAAUUUGUAUGGCAGACAUGAUACCUGUGCUGUGUGGACAGAUGUGUGUGAAAUUGAUUUCUGUCUCUCUGAGUGCAGUAUGAUGCCCUGCUGCAGAUGGAGGUAGAGAGGCUCUUGGUGAAACAGAAUGCCAUGGCUAUUGAGAAGAGACAAGGGGACAAUCGAGACACGCCUGUAUCCAUUAGCAAAUGGCGCAAGAAGCUUAGCAGGUAGGCUCACAUGUAAAUGCACCAUCACUCCAUGGCUAUGCAUACUGUAUAUUCGGCUCAUUACUGAAAUUGGGAUCUCAUUGUGACUCAUGUUUAGGUUCCUCCUGCCGGAGUACACACUGGAUUUUGGCUAUGUGAUCCAUGGUAGUGUUCCUAACCACAUAGUCAAAGUGACAAACACUGGACCCAUGUCUGUGUCCUUCCGGGCUGACCGCCGCCCACUCACAGGCACAGGUAGGUUCUCCAGUAUUACUGGCCAACUUUAAAGUAGCUACAUAUGGAGCUGUGUGGCUGUUUGGGGAAUAUUAUGGAUCAUUUUUAACAAUAGAUUUGUUUGUUCUCCAGGAUUUGUUGUAGAGCUGGAUAGAGUGAAGAAUCUGCCCUAUUGUGAGACUGAGACUUUUGAAGUGAAGUUUGACCCCCGUGGAGCAAAUCUGAAUUUAGGGGAGAUCAACACUGUCAUGCCUAUACAGGUACAGUAGGGAAACUGCCAAAAGUUCUCUACUUCAGUACAUCCAAUUUAUUUUCUAAAGCUUCCUGAGUGUAUUUUAUGUUUUAUUGCUUUUCCACCACAUGCAUAAAAUAUUUAGACCCAUCGUUUUUUUAAGGUCAAACAGGCUGAAUGUGCCAUGGUGUCAUUGUGCUGUGUGCUGUGAUUGCCAGGUGGUUGGGGGCCCUGCAGUGCAGGUCCAUCUUUGUGCCGUAGUCACCAUGCCCUCCCUCACGGUCUCCACGGAUACGCUGCAGUUUGACAGCAUUCAGUGUGGGCUGUGUCAGGUAACCACCGUCCAGCUGUUCAACCCCGAGCCUGUCCCCUGUGAGUGGAGCAUUGCAGAGGAGCAACGGCCCAGGAAGAAGGUACACUAGCCAACUUAUGCACCAGUACACUCUAUUGCCUCCUGGUAUUUUAGAUACUUGUGCUUUUUAACCUUUUAUUGCAGUGGGCUAAAUCAGGGUCACACAGAGCUAAUCUUGGUAGUCUUAAACAAAUCUACUUUGAAGCAAAAGUUUACACCUCAAACACAUGGGCUUAGAAAAAAGACACACCUAUACCAUGUCAGAUAUAGAGUUGAAAUGUAUUACCUUUUUUGUUUGCAUCCCAAUAUUACACUUUAUAUACAUCACAGAAGACUGAAAUGUAACAAAACCGUUUGACAUAGAAACACCGGAUUUUCGACAUAAAAAAUUAAUAUUAAUAACAUUCCACCCAUGAGGCCAAUAGAAAGCGAUUUGGUCAUUUGACUGCAGGAAAGGCCUAUGGAUAUUUUCACAAACAGCAGGCAGCAACUGUGGUGAGUGUGAUAGAAGGAGUCAGGCGCAGGAGGGUAAUCACCAAAUGCAGAGUUUAUUCCGUCGUACACACAUAGCGCUGGAUAGCGACAAACGAAACAGGCACAGGGGAAAAUCUACCCUGGCAAUACAAGGUAACGGUAGCUCCAACAAUAACAGGCAAAGGGGAAAUAUCUACCCCGGCAAUAACAAGGUACGAGUAGCUCCACCGAGCUACACUACUCUCACAAAUAAACAAUCACCAACAAGGACAAGGGGGGCAGAGGGAACACUUACACACGGACUAAUGAGGGGAUUAGAACCAGGUGUGUGUAAUUAACAAGACAUGACAAAUGGAAUGAUGAUAUAUGGAGCGGCAGUGGCUAGUAAGCCGAUGACGAUGAACGCUGAAGCCUGCCCGAACAAGGAGGGGAGGCAGCCUCGGCGGAAGUCGUGACAGCAACACUGUAGAGUAAAAAAGAACACACCCUUCAAAUAGAGAACUAGUCAGUGUGUUUACCUUAAAUUAUGUGCUGUUACCAGUAAAACAAAUAGCUAAUUAGGUGCAUUUUUGUUCAUUAUCUCCUGUUUUAUGAUGGAGUAAAGAUUUAAAAACUGGAUAUUAAAGGUAUUAGCUGCAAGGCUUUGGCUAAUUUUUCUUCUUGUCUUGUAUCUUCGGAGGAUAAUUAUAGACCCCAGGCCCCACACUGAGUCUACAGUCAAGCUCAUCUCAUUCAUAUUCUGGGCUUUAUCUUUAACAAUAAGACUUCCUAGUAUUACAGAGUAAACCCACAUCAUGAUACAUAUAUUCCCAAGUACAAAGUCCUCUUCAGUAAUUAAGUUAUCCACAUAGAUAUUCAUUUGGGAUUCUCUAGUUAGGCUAGGGUAUAGAUAUUGUAUAUCUGUUAUUUAUGAACUGUUUAUAAUUGUUAUAAACUCAAGGAAUAUGUGUCUAUGGCCUGUGUGUAGAUUGACAAGCAUGUCCCCCUCCACCUGAGACGGAAGGCCAGAUUGGAGCAGCGUCCUCCUCCAGUGGUGUUUGAAAUGCUACCUUCAACAGGCGUGCUGUAUCCUGGAGAUAGAGUCAACGUCCAGGUCAAAUUCAGCCCAGCCGAGGGGGUAAGGAAAACCAGGGGCCCAUAGCAGUUCAAUAUAUUUAAGCUGUCAUGACUACAAGGAACAUUGCUCUCUCAUAAUGACAGAAAAAAGUGUGACCCUGUCUCUGUCUCUUGUCUGUUCUGUUAAACUGCAUGUCGACAUUUGCACAGUAUUUCCAGAGCUCAUCUUUCUCAUGAAUGAUGGAGUCAGGUUGAGCUGGGAGACACAGAUAAGAGACCAGACUCACAGAGGGCCUUAUCUCUCUCUGCUUCAGUAUGGAUCUCCUCUAUCAGAUACACACAUACCACACACACCCCAAUGACAGGUCUGGUGCCUUAGAGUCUUGAUGGAGUCUCGUGGAGAUUAGCUGAACCUAGCUAAAAGUUUGGUGAAGCCUCUACAGUACGUGACUGGUUGGUCUAAGUAAUGUUAAAGAGUCAGGGAGAGACAGACACCACAGGGAAUACUGGGAGAGAGAGUGUUGGCUGGGCUGCAGAUGGUGUCUGGUUGCUUCCCUGUGAUGUAACUGUCAUCUUGGCUGUGUUGUUCGCCAUAGAGGGCGUACAGCCAGAGGCUGGUGGUGUCAGUGGCCCAAAGCACCCAGAGGAUGCUGCUGCUGGCCCAGGGGCAGGGAGAGGAGCCCCAGCUGGAGUUCUCCUCCUCUGUGCUGGAGCUGGGACCCACCCUGCCAUUCAGUGCUGGAGAGGAGGCUGAAGUGAUCGUACGGAACCCCUGCCCCUUUCCCAUUGAGUUCUACUCCCUGGAGUUUGACAAGAAAUACCUGGAGGAAGAGAAGGUGAAAUCAAAUGACUGCCUCUAAUGGUGCACUGUGGAAGACAUGGUUCUUUUCAUUAAUUAAAUAAAACAUUUUGAGUGAUCUCCUUGGUUCCGUUUCUGUUUUCUUAACUUUCAAGCACUAAGAAAGAAUGUUUAAGAGCUUUAGAUUAAAUCUCUCCCUCUCUCUUAAGAUUCUGCGUAUGAUGAAGGGCUAUGAUGUCCAGAACGUCCUGCUGUUGCCCCCACGCGCCCCAGGAGAGUCACUACCUCCUGAGCUAAUGGACUAUUACAACGAACACAACUGUGAGGAGGAGGAUGGUAGGUCUGCUCUGCAGUGGAACCACACUCUUAUUUGUCAUUCUGCAACCAGACUGUCCAAUUAUCUCUUAUCAGGAUGGAGAAGACAUAUCUACAAAAUGGGAGCCUCUGCAGAGCAGUACAUUAAUAUUUACUGAUGGCUUACUUAUUUAGAAGUCAUGUAUAAUCCAUAGGGGUGAGCUCUGGGACUUACUGUGUAAAGGGCCUAGUUUGAUCUGCAGUGGAAGCUUUGAUUUGAUCUGGGAUCAUCUGUAGUGGAAGUUCUCACUGACUCAGAGCUUUAUCUGGUUCCCCAGAGUCCAAGGCUGGCUCCCCUAAAGAUGAGGAGGCAUCUGAGGCAGGGGAUAAGGGAGAGCAGGAGGAGGAGAUAGCCACCCCACCCCUUCCAGAACGACUCGUGGAGGAGGAGAAAGAGGCAGCUCCCUCCAAGGAUGGGACGCCAUGUGGAGGUACUGAACAAGACCAAAUAUAUAACAUUAACAUCACAACACUCAGAACAGUACAGAUUACCUUGAAGAAACAGACAAAAUAGCUGAACAUCACUCACGCUGCUCACAGUACACAACUUUGCCACAGGAUACCACGGACACUAUAAUAGUAAUAGAGAGCAAAGACAGCAGGUAUCAUGUUGCAUUCUGUCAUAGACCUGAUCAAAGACACCGUGGAAAGCAGGACUGCCAGUGUGGGGGACCUGGAGGUCAACCCAGUGUCCAGAGCUAUUGCACGCCACAUGGGCAUUGACCUGUCACCUGAGGGCCAGGCUGCACGAAACCGCCGGGGCAUCGCAAUCAUUGUGCAUGGGGCUCCCCUCUCAGGUAAAGAGUGGCACAUCCACCAAAGUAAUUCAACACUUUCAACACUCAUUUUUUUCUUUCAACCAUUUGCAUGUAUCUCUGUGCAGGUAAAACAGGCACAGCAGUGACUCUGGCCAAAUACUAUGGAGCAGCGUGUCUGAGCAUUGAUGCUGUGGUGCUGGAGGCACUGUCCUCAGGGAUGACCUCUGCUGGCCUGCGGGCCCGAGAGCUGUGUGCCAAGGCUGCUAUGGAGCAUGCUCAGAAGAGGGUGGAGGAGGCCGGUGAGUCUCAGCUUAAUGGAUAGGUAUUUCUGGUGUGUCUCACCCGCUCAGCCAAUGAUAACUGUAUCAAACAAAUUAUAAUUUAUGGCAUUAAAGCCUAACAGUAAACUAUCUGUGGAUGAACUAGGCUAUAUGCUGUGUUUGUAGUUGUCUAACUGUAGGUGUGAUGUGUGUGUGUGUGUGUGUGUACAGCCCAGGCAGUGGUGGAGGUGAUGGGGCCUGCUGGUCAAGGUGUUGGUACUCUGAGUGUGGAGGCUGUAGCCAAACACACAGCUGAGGGCAGUCAAGUCAUUGACCCCAAGGCUCCAGCCUCCUCCAUCUCUACACGUAACAAGAACAGUGUUGUGGGAGGGAAGAGGAUCGACGGAUCACAGCCCACCGCCCCCUCAAUGGUACCCACAGACCAUCACAAUAGUGUGUAUUACUAUAUCAAAGCUAGGAUACAGUUUGUAAUGCCUCUUAUUAGUGCUUGCUUUCUGUGCAGGGUUGUGGUCCUAUCCACCGGCAGCUGAGCAUCAGUGGGAGCCAGGUGGGAGAGCUGGGCCUGAUGAGCUGCCUGCUACCAGACCAACUGCUGGUGGACAUCCUCUCAGAGAGACUACAGGUGUCGUACAGUACUGAGAUACACAGAGCCUAUAUGGGCCUCCCAGUCCUUGGUCUGGGAUGGACCCUCAAUGAAUCUCCUGUGUGAUACUCGAGAGUGUUGAUGAUGAAUGGGAUGUAUGUGUUGUCCCCUGGCAGCUAAGUGACUGUCACCGGGGUGUUGUGAUGGACGGGCUGGAGACGCUGUACUGCCUCUCCCCCAGCAGCACCCUACAGAUCAUCCUCAAGGCCUUCAACAACAGAUCCUUCAUCUACAUGGUCAACCUCUCCAACAACUACUAUGCCUUCAAGGCCAAGGAGAGGGCACAGAGAGAGGCAGAGGGUGAGGACAAGCUAGGCCAAAGGAGCUGGGAGCUGUGCUAAACUAAACAAUAGUUUGAGGUAAUUACUACGGUGACUGGUAAUAAUACUCCUCCUUCCUUCACAGAGGUCUUACAGAGGGAGCAGGCUGAGAAGGAAAAGCUGCGCUUGCAAGAAAUGGAUGAGGAGGAGUAUGAUGCCCUGCCAGAGGAGGAGAAAGAGCGCAUCGACCUCAGACACCUUGUGGCACUGAGAGAACGAAAACGCAGGUAUUGGAUGAAAAAUGCUUACGCACAUAUUAAGUAUAGCAAUGUUAAACAAUGUGUACAGAAUGUGUCUUACUUAGAGAGUAUGGUUUAAAUAGACUGGGAUGUGAAUAAUUUAUGUUAAUGUAAAUGUAUGUACAUGUUAUAGGGAACAAGAGCGGGCAGAAAGGGAACAGGAGGAGAGGAGACAACAAGAGGAGCUAGAGAGAGUGAGAGAGGAAGAGGAGAUGAAAAAGAAAAACAAGAAAGGCAAGAAGGAGCCUGCCAAGGAGGACUCAUCAGGGAAGAAGAGUCAGCUUGGAGGAAAACAGGUCAGUCAACUGUGUCACACGGUAUUGUAGAAUCAUUGGAACUGUAAAUCUGUAUAUUCUCAAAAAAAAUUAUGUGAAUAUUGGCUAUAGUUGAAGCGUAAUCUGUAUUAUCUGUGACUGUAUAUUAUAAUUGUUAUUUAAUGUGGAAAUGUGGAGACUUUUCUCUGUUGUUAAUGUUUGGUUGUUGUUAUGUUUUUGUCUUUAUCUUUGAGUUGGGGGGGGGGGGGGGACACAAGAAAAUAGUAUUUAUGUAAUUGUUGAUUGUCCUAUUUGGAACAAAUAAAAAAAUGUGUAAAAAAACAACAACUGCAUCACACGGUGCUCAUUGCAGUGCAUAGGAGAAGUGGUAGCAUAAUAAAUGACAUAUCUUAAUGUUUUCCUCCUAUAUUUCCACUUUACACUGACAGUCUGCAAGUGCUCUACGCUCAGAGACAAAACUGGAUCAGCCGGUGAAAGAUGGGAGAAAAAUGUCCUCCUGUGCUGAUGGCAAGGAGUAUAAAGACUCUCCCACAGAGGGCACUAGGGAACCAGAGGAGGGACCCAAAAAGAAGAAGCCCAAAGAGGGCAAGGCAGGGGGGCAGGAGGAGUCUCCAUUACCAAACGUGGACCCAGAGAGAGAGCUGGUAUGAUACCCUCAUAAAUACCAUGUGAAGCAUAAAAACGCACAGCCAUUACGUGACAAACAACUUUUGGAUAUAAACUAGUUCCUCUCCUCCUUUUACGAUUGUACCUCAUAUCAUUUAUAGCUGACACCCAGAGGAAUAAAACAUAUUUAAUAGCUGUUUAACUGGCCUAUAAUUGAAACUCCUCUACUCUUUCUGUUCCCUGUAGUCUAGUGAGGGUGACCGACUGCUGUUGUCUCGGUUCAAGCUCUACGAGCAGAGCCAGCCCCAGCUUCUCCACAUUCUACAGUUCUGGGACCGAGCCCAGGGUCAACUCCUCCAGCCCCUGUUCUCUGAAGACAACAUCCAGGAGCCAGAGGAAGUAGUCCCUGAGAGACAGGCCCCCUCCGGCAAGAAGACCAAGAAAGAGCGGGAGAAGGAGAAGGUGGAGAAGGAGAAGGAGCGCUUGGAGAAGGAGAAGUUGAAGGCAGAUGCCACAGACAUGAAGCUGGUGUCUCCAGCCCCUAGCCAGGCCCUUCUAGCAGUGGAGGGGUCUGAGGGAGGGGACAGGGAGGCUGCACCAGAGACUGUGCCCCACAUCAUCCUUUCUGUUACUGGGAGGGACUAUCUUAGCGGAAUAGAGAUCCUGAAGAGCAACAAACUGCCGCCUCUUGAAGAGGUAGAUACUUAUUUCCUUAUUUAUUGCAGUAAUAUUGUCCCUUCAUUUUAUAUUUUCUCCUUAUGACGAACUUUGAUAAAAAGCUUUAAAUGAUGUCGACUUACUCUGUACCUCAGGUGUUGGAUGGUUUAGGGCUGGGACCCAAGGGCCCUCCUAUCCCCCCCUCCACUAUCUUCUCUGUCAUCCCCUACCCUAAGAAGAGGCCUGUGCCCAGUGCACAGCAGAUCACUAGUUGCUUCACCUUCAUGGUGCCCUCAGUCCCAGAGGAUCCAGCAGGGGAGAAGAAAGCUGCAGACAUGGAGGCUGAAGCUGAAGGCUCAGUCAAGGUAUAAUUGGUCCUCCAUGGAAAAUAGCAUAACCUGACACAUCAAACCACUAUUGCCACCAUAUUCACUCGUUUAUUUUUAACUUCUUGCUCACUCUGAAAAACACCAUAGAUGAUACCGUAAUAACACUAUGUCUAGACCAGGGAUGGGCAACUGGCGGCCCAACUCAGUCGGGAUCUCUACUUACUGUUGAGAGUUAGAAUAGAAUACACAAGGUGCAAUUUUGAAAUUUGGUUGUGCAUCAGCAGUUUUUUUCUUAUGUCACUCACUGACAGUCACUCAAUUUGCACAUGUCAGCUAACAAUGUUUAGAUUUGUAAGUUAGUCUAGCGGCCAGCUAUCUAAACUUAUUCAUGGUUGAAUUACCGCCUAGGGGGCCCCCAUUGAUUUUGUUAGUCACUCUCACUCAAAUAACAUAUUAAAAACUGCAAGCAUUUCUCUCAACCCUAUGGCAAAAUGUGUAGAAUUGCAGGAAAUGUGUUAUAAAAUUGCAAAAUCUUCUCUACGCCCCCUGGGGAAAAUGUGUAGAAUUGCAGGAAAUUAACUCUAAAACCACUAAAAUGUUUUGCUCACAAAAUUGCUUGUGUGGGUAUGGAUGUGGGUACACAGACCUACGAGCCACUGCGGCCUCUUGGUUUAAUUAAUGAAGCUAUUAAUCAUAGCCAGGUCUAACUGAAUGGGUCUUACAGGAAGAAGUGGUGACCCCUACAAAAGGACGGGGGAAGAAGGCAGACACAGGCAGAGAGAGUCAGAAAGACAAGAGACGCACCCCAGCCAAAAAGGGGGCCAGGUCCAAUGACUCUCGCUCCCCUCCUCUCAACGCUGUGACUCCCUUAUCUGACACUGAGCAGUGCCAACAGGAGUCCCAACAGGAGCGCAACCAGCGGUGAGAUCAUCUAUACACUACAGAAGAAUACACACUAAUGUGCAUAAAUGUGACUUAAAUGUGUUGUUUUCUAUAGACUCACAACAUUCCGCUGGAAUGUCCCACCCAAUGGAGAGGUGAGCCUGAAGAUCUGGUUCCACUCUCAAUUGCCUGGCAAGUUUGACCAAACACUGAACUUUGAGUUGUUGGGUACAAAGAGACGGUACCAAAUGUACUGUAGAGGCAUCUGUGCAUAUCCAUCCAUCAGCAAAGACGUAAAGUGAGUAUUGUUAUUUGUUUCUAAAAUACAUUUGUGUUUUUCAGUCCUUGUGAAAUAGAACCAAUUUAUAUACUUCAAGAUGCGCUAUGCAGAAGUCGCCCUGCCAUUUCCUGGUUGCUAAAAUUCAAAUAGUUAGCCUAAUUUCAGUUUAUGUGACAAAACAAGCAAGUAUAAUGUAGAGAAUCAUUGUACCAUCUAAACCGCUGUGAAAUAUAUUUUCCAUAUCCUAAAAUAUUUGUAUUUUCAGCUGUUUGAAACUGGUGUACAAAACCAAAAGUAAAAGACUAAAAGACAAAACUUAAGAAUUGGGAAGCAUAGAAAUAGCACACAUAGAACAGAUCUACCACUUCUUAUACUUGCUUUCAAUGAGAAUGACAGAUCUAUAACACACAUGUCUAUGUGAAUUUGGUCAGGUCACCCAAAAAGUUACAUAUUGCAGCUUUUAAAGGUCCAAUGCAGAUGUCUUUAUCUCAAUAAAUCAUUUCUGUGUAACAAGUACCUUACUGUGAUUGUUUUCAAUUAAAAUGGUCAAAAAGAAACACAAAUAGCUUAGCAAAGAGCAAUUUCUCAAACAAGAAUUUUGCUAGGACUGUCUGGGAGUGGUCUGAGUGGGGAUGAUUCCAUAUGUGUUAUUUCAUAGCUUUGAUGUCUUCACUAUUAUUCUACAAUGUAGAAAAUAGUAAAAAAUUAAAUAAAGAAAAACCCUUGAAUGAGUAGGUGUUCUAAAACUUUUGACCGGUAGUGUAUAUAAAAAAUAAAUAAAUGAAAUAUCACAUUUACAUAAGUAUUCAGACCCUUUACUCAGUACUUUGUUGAAGCACCUUUGGCAGAGACUACAGCCUCGAGUCUUCUUGGGUAUGACGCUACAAGCUUGGCACACCUGUAUUUGGGGAGUUUCUCCCAUUUUUCUCUGCAGAUCCUCUCAAGCUCAGUCAGGUUGGAUGGGGAGUGUCGCUGCACAGCUAUUUUCAGGUCUCUCCAGAGAUGUUAGAUCGGGUUCAAGUCUGGGCUCUGGCUGGGCCACUCAAGGACAUUCAGAGACUUGUCCCAAAGCCACUCCUGCGUUGUCUUGGCUGUGUGCUUAGGGUCGUUGUCCUGUUGGAAGGUGAAUCUUCGCCCCAGUCUGAGGUCCUGAGCGCUCUGGAGCAGGUUUUCAUCAAGGAAAUUUCUAUACUUUGCUCCGUUCAUCUUUCCCUCGAUCCUGACUAGUCUCCCAGUCCCUGCCGCUGAAAAACAUUCCCACAGCAUGAUGCUGCCACCACCAUGCUUCACCAUAGGGAUAGUGCCAGGUUUCCUCCAAACGUGACGCUUGGCAUUCAGGCCAAAGAGUUCAAGCUUGGUUUCAUCAGAUCAGAGAAUCGUGGUUCUCAUGGUCUGAGUCCUUUAGGUGCCUUUUGGCAAACUCCAAGCGGACUGUCAUGUGGCUUUUACUGAGGAGUGGCUUCUGUCUGGCCACUCUACCAUAAAGGCCUGAUUGGUGGAGUGCUGCAGAGAUGGUUGUCCUUCUGGAAGGUUCUCCCAUCUCCACAGAGGAACUCUGGAGCUCUGGCAGAGUGACCAUCGGGUUCUUGGUCACCUCCCUGACCAAGGCCCUUCUCCCCUGAUUGCUUAGUUUGGCCGGGCGGCCAGCUUUUGGAAGAGUCUUAGUGGUUCCAAACUUCUUCCAUUUAUGAAUGAUGGAGGCCACUGUGUUCUUGGGGACCUUCAAAGCUGCAGAAAUUUUUUGGUACCCUUUCCCAGAUCUAUGCCUCGACACAAUCCUGUCUCGGAGCUCUACUGACAAUUAUUUCGACCUCAUGGCUUGGCUUUUUCUCUGACAUGCACUGUCAACUGUGGGAACUUAUAUAGACAGGUGUGUGCCUUUCCAAAUCAUGUCCAAUCAAUUGAAAUUACCACAGGUGGAGUCCAAUCAAGUUGUAGAGUCUCAUAGCAAAGGGUCUGAAUACUUAUGUAAAUAAGGUAUUUCUGUUUUUGUUUUCAUAUAACUUAGCAAAAAUUUAAAAACCUGUUUUUGCUUUGUCAUUAUAGGAUAUUGUGUGUAGAUUGAUGAGGAUUUUUUUUUUGUUCAUCCAUUUUAGAAUAAGGCUGUAACGUAGCAAAAUGUGGAAAAAGUCAAGGGGUCUGAAUACUUUUCGAAUGCACUGUAUAUAUUUCCACACUAUGAGGUUGGAAUAAUACUGUGAAAUUGUGAAAAUUAGGAUAAUUCCCUUUUAGUGUAAGAGCUGCUUGAAAAGACAGCCUGAAAUUUCAGCAUGUUUCAGUGGGAUGGAGUUUUGGACUGCCUGGUGACAUCACCAGGCGGUAAAUUAGUUAAUAGACCAAUAAGAAAGAGAGUUCUGCACUGGGCCUUUAACUGAAUUUUGUCAGAGCUGUUCUAAGUUUUAUUAUAGGUUUAUAUGUUUUAUUAUCACUGUAAAUGAUGUGUUGUGUGUCGUUUGGUCUCUCCCAGGAUGGUGUUUGCCCACAGUAAGAGGGUCCUUCAGUCUGAUGAGGUGCUGCAGAAGACCUACAUCAUUCGCUCUGGCCUCUAUGAGUUUGGCCCGCUGCUCUGUGGGAAGACCAGAGAUAGGUAAGGGGAGAUUACCUUCCACUACCCUACUUUAUUCACUGUAACUUCAUAGAGGACGCAUGUGUGAUGCAUGCCUGUGUGUUACCAUAGGUAUAAAGAGAGGAAGUAUCCAGAGAACAUCGAAAGGCUGGUGAUACACAACAACUCCCCACUGGAUGCUGAGAUUCACUUCUGCUUCCAGCAUGACACCAAGGCUACCACCUACCUACUGGACCCUCCCAACAUGACCCUCAAACCCAACGAGAGACAAGUAGCCAAUCAGAACUACUCAUAACAUAGUAGAAUGUAGUCUGAGCUGUCAGAGUUGUGAUACAAACAUACCAAGAAGGUGUCAUUGUCACUAAUAUUAUCAAUGAACAGUUUCACAUCCAUUUAUUUUUUAUUUUAUCAGUAUACAACUGUAAUAACCACAUUUUGUACUGGUUAUGAAACUUUGUGUGAUAAUCACAGUGUACCACUUAUCCACGGUUGUGCCCUGGCAGGAGCUGACCGUGUGGGCGUACCCUACGAGCCUGGGGCAGAUAGAGGACAGUGUGGUGUGCUGUAUCAAAGAGAACCCAGAGCCAACCAUCUUCCGCUUCUCCUGUCGUGGGGUCCGGCCCGAGCUCGAGAUUGAACCCAAGCAGCUGCAUUUUGAUAAGAUUCUACUGUACAGGUCAGGGAAUUAAUGAAUGCUGUAGUCCACAUUGCACAGAGCUACUGUAGUGCUUUUUAACAUGUGUCAGUUUCAAAGUACAGGAUUUUGUUUUCGUCAUGGUAGUUUUCUGUUGAUUUUCCUUUCGCCACUAUACUCCAUUCUCCCUGUGCUGGUUGUGAACCUCAGGAAGGACACAAGGAAUCUGUGCCUGCGUAACAACACGCUGCUGCCUGCAGCCUGGAGGCUGAGUGGGCUGGAGGUGCUGGGCGAUGAGUUCAGUGUGUCUCAGGACCAGGGCAUCAUCCUGCCACACUCUGAGUUCUGCUUGCAGAUGCAUUUCAGAGCCAUGAAGCCCAUCAACCUGAAGAGAGCCAUUCGCCUCGAGUUAAGUAUUUAUGCAUAGUCACUUUAACUCUACCCACAUGUACAUAUUACCUCAACUAGCCGGUGCCCCCGCACAUUGACUAUGCAACGGUACCCCCCUGUAUAUAUAGCCUCCCUACUGUCACUUUAUUCUAUUGUAUAUAUAGCCUCCCUACUGUCACUUUAUUUUUUACUUCUGCUCUUUUUUUUCUCAACACUUUUUUGUUGUUGUUUUAUUCUUACUUUUUUGUUUAAAAUAAAUGCACUGUUGGUUAAGGGCUGUAAGUAAGCAUUUCACUGUAAUGUCUGCACCUGUUGUAUUCGGCGCAUGUGACCAAUAAAAUUUGAUUUGAUUUGAUUUGAUUUGAUUGAUUUGAUGUUUAGUAUCAUCGACUGUUGCAUUAUUCCUGUUUAUCUCAUAUUGUUGUUGUGUGACUUUCUGUCUGUGUGUUGCUGUGUGUGUUAGGUGUCCGAUGUGGAGAACAUCCUGGGUAUUGUCCAUACAGAGAACAUACAGAUCCUUGCUGAGGCCUACAACGUGGCUCUGGACAUCACCUUCCCUAAAGGUCUUUACAGGAGUUCUCACAGACAGAUACACUUGUCUCUUUCACACAUGCAUCAUUUUACCAGCUCCCUUUGAUUUGGAUGAAUUCCUUUUCAUGUUUUUGAAAGGGAAAUGAAUGGUGUUUCCCUUGAUCUACAGUAUGUGUAUUUGUAUUUUAGGGGCUGACGGUGGUCUAGACUUUGGAACCAUCAAAGUAUCUGAGGAGGUCAAGCUUUCUGUGAACAUGAAAAACAAGGGCAAAUAUGAGAUAGCUUUCAAGUGAGUAUCAAUCAACAUACACUAUCCUAAAGCUAACUAUUAAUCAUAUAAUUUUUUACCAAAUUAAGCACAUUAUCCCCCACCCCUCCCUCUGCCUCCACUUUCCCAGGUUCAUCCUGGAGGCCACAGAUCCAGCCAUGCCAGACCUGAACCAGAUCUUCACCAUCACCCCCCAGAAGGGCUCCCUCAACCCCAACGAUCGGCCCACAUGCGUCCAGUUUGUGUUCCGCCACAACAAGGAGGUGUCCAUCCGAGAGCAGCCAAUUCUGCGCUGUCAAGUUAGUAGACUCAACCAUAAAACUUGUGCUUGUAACAUUUUACAACAAUGUGAAGAGUUUCAGUAGUAUGCUGCUUCAGUUUCAGUAUCCACUGGUGCGUUAAAGAUGUCUGCUUUUUCUCACAGGUGAUUGAGCCAAAUAUUGCAGAGGGUGGAGAGACCAUUGCCAUCAUUCCCAUCAAAGUAUCAAUCCAGUCCCUCUUCUCGAAAUACAACAUCAUGCCCUCCAGUGACAUUAACUUUGGGCCACUAGUAUACGGCUGCCGCAAAACACAAACCUUCACCAUAGAGAACAAGGGAGACUUUGAGAUCCGCUUCAACAUCAGCAGGAUGUGUAAAGACCUGCCACAGCCUGCCCAGAGGAGAGGGUAUGAUCACCACUAUGAACUCUGACCUCACUGUAUCUCAACUCCUAAUACUUCCUGUAUUUGAGCUCUUUCUCUGUAUAACCCAAAGUCAUGGAAUGCCACUUUAUGUCUCACUGCAGCAUUGUGGGGAAGAGAACAUCCCGUGAGAACCACUCUGCUAAACCCCUCACUGGAAACAAAGUGCGGCGAGCUGAAUCCAUCCAGAAGGACAUGGGCAUGUCCACUCUGGUGAGAGUCCCUCCUAGUAUUACAACAUACCUACAAAUUUGGGACUAACUUCAGCAGAUUUAAAUGACCUUAAUGAACAGAAACAUUUGAAUAUGUAUCCCUAAUACACCACUGCCCCAUCCCCAUGCCUCCCUCCCUUCCCCUGUGUGCAGGCCCGUUUCACCAUGGGCGUGUUCUCACUGGUGCCUGGUUUUGGUAUCCUGGCGCCGGGCGCUCACCAGGUGGUCACGGUAGACUGUGUGGCAGAGCAGGCAGGACGCUGGCAGGAGUGCCUGGCCCUGGACAUCACUGACCGAGACCCCUCAGACAAUCCAGGUGGUAUCCCCUACCGGCUUGUGGCCGAAGUCUGCAUGUCAGGUGUGUAUAUGAGUUAGCAAUGGUUGAGAAGGAAAUGUGAAAUAACGUUACCCCUGGCCGUGAGCGAUUCUCUGAUCUGAUGAAAUUGGGACUCACUUUCCAAAUUCCUGCUAAUUCUCAUUUUUUUCUACAGGGAUUGCAUACAAAGACAUUGCCUCUAUUUUUGAGGAGCACCGUAUCUGCAAGACCAGCACCAUGCUGUACUGUGAGCAGUUCCGUGAUUCCAUGGGCAUCUAUAUUCAGGACGAGAACAAAUUUGUUUUCAAUAAUGUUCUGGUGGGUCAUCCAGCCAAAGCUCGCUUCCGCCUCAACAACAACGGCAAGGUGCCCUGCGAGCUGAGCCUCGCAGUCAAACCUGUCCUUACUAAGGUAUGGGUGGUUUUCUGAUGAACAUGUUUAUGAAACAGAGAUUGAGUGUGUUUGUAGGCUGUAUGGCAGCAGUGCGAGCAGUGGCUGUUUGUCUGUUUCAGAUGUCAAUGCGUAGCACGGAGGUGUUUGAGCUGAUGCCUGGCAGGCUGUCUAUACCCAGUCACUCUCAUGCCUUUGCCAUCAUCACCUUCACCCCUCAGACCAUGCAGACUUACCAUGCUGUGUUUGAGGCCACCCUGGAGGGAGCUACCAGGUACAUACCUCAGUUUGCGUGUAUGUGUGUGCAUACGUGUGUGUGUGUGUGUGUGUGCAUACGUGUGUGUGUGGGUAAACAUUUCUCUCAUCAUUCACUCUCCUGUAUUUCCUAGUCUGCAACCCAUGGCCAAGUCGAAGGUGUUGGUGUUUGAUUUAAUGGGUGAUGGCAAUCUGCCCAGUGUGACUGUUCUGAGACCAGUCCUGAGGACCAGCCGUGGACACCCUCUGCUGCAGUUCAAACGGCUGCUGGUGGGCCGGGCCCAGACCCUGCCCCUGGUGCUGAAGAAUGAUGCCAAUGUACCUGCUCAUGUGAGAACAGCCUCUGUUUAUAUGACGUUUUAAUUGAAAUAGUUGUGAUUAAAUGGAACAGUGCUGUUUAUAUAUUGGCAUUAUUUGACUGCUUUGCAGAUUCACAUUGAUCUUCUGGAUAAGAUGGGGGUGUUCACCUUGAGAGCUGCUCCCAACACCAACUGCAGCAACAUCUCCUCAUCACACAUAGAGGCCGAGGCCAGGACAGGUUGGUACGGUAUACAACUGGUCCAUGAGAAAACCAGCAGAGACACUGUAUAGAGACACUGUAUAGAUUGUUUCAACUCUAAAGUUCUUCCUAUCCAUCCUUCCUCUCCCCUCAGAGAGACAGAUGGCGCACACAGCCUCCUUGGUGCUGUUAGGCGGCCAGCAGGCAGAGUUUGAGGCGGAGUUUAGUCCCGUGGUGGCUCAGAGCUUCGAGGCCAACAUGCGCCUCCUAGUGGUGGACAACCAGUAUGAGGAGACAGUGGUGCGGCUGCUGGGGGAGGGCUACCAUGACGUCAUCUCCCUGGACAACAUCAACAGCAAUGCUCAGCAAAAGGAGUGCUCACCAGAUGGUAAGGCCUCAAAGCUUUUUAGAAUGAUACUGCAAAGGUAUACAUGUUUUCCACUACUUCAGGACCUUAGUUUAAUGUGUGUCCCUCCCUUGUAUUUUGUCUCCAGGUAAGGGGGACCUGCUGUUCUUUGGAGACUGUCACGUGUCCAGGCCCUACCAGGAGACCUUCACCAUGACCAACCUGAGCAGCAGUAACGUGCUGAGGUUUGAGUGGCCGGCCGACGGCCCCCAGGUCUGCUUCUCCCCCCAGGUGGGCCACCUCCAUGCAGGCUGUGCCAAGGAGGUGACCGUGACCUUCUGCUCAGAGCAGCCUGUGGUGCUGACCGCCCAGCCUAUGAAGUGUAAGCUGUGCAGGGUGGUGUUCCAGCAGCCUGUGGACCAGGUGCCAGACUGGGAUGACCGCCUCAGGACCGUCAAGUGGGUCGACUCUGGAAAACAAGUGGGGAGUCAACAGCCUUCAAAGAAGAAGGUGAAGUCACACACAGAUCUGUGACUGACCGCCCAGUCAUAAAGCAGCUAGGAUAAAGCAGAAUCUUUCAUGAUUUUUUAAAUUUAUAUAUAAAAUGGAAACACAUUUAAUUUAUGCAGAAGCUUUACUUGCACUGUAUUUAUGUGUAUAAUGACCCAUGAAGGAAAGAGAGGCAAUUCAAUUUAAAUUGAGUGUGUCCUGUCUGUCCCCAGGUGAUUGAGACAGACCCAGAGCCAGUCCACUGUGUAGUAGAGAAGUCAUUCAGGGAGACGGAGCUGCGCAUCAGUGCUGUGUGUGAUUAUGCCAAGUUCACCUGCAACGCAGAGACCAUCCGCUUCAAGGACACACUGCUCUAUCAGACCAGAGUGUUCCCGUAAGUUACUGUCUGUUUGGGUUUCUGUGCCUAUCAUAUGUAAAUCUGUUCCUCUAAUCUUCCUCAUGUCCCAUGGUGUGCAGACUCCAGAUGGUAAACAAAGGCAGUGUGAAGCUGGAGUACUCAUGGCAGGUCCUGAUGGACAAAUAUGGAAAAGGUGUCCACUUUGAUCAUGGAGGUAACUUUCAGACACUGCCUUCUGGUUUUGAGGGAAAAUGUAAAAAUAUGCUAUCAAUAUACUGUAUGUACUGUAUAUCAGCAGACCUUAUAACUCACAUGAUCUGUGCUCUAUAUUUCCAGACGUUAGCCCUCGCUCCUGUCAGAGCAGUAGAUUAGGGGUCAGACCUGCCAGCUCUUUAGAGAGCGUGUCAUGCCUGAUGCUGGGUGACCCAGACCUGCCACCCUUCUCCGUGGAGCCCAGUGUGGGCAUCAUCAGCCCUGGAGCCACCCAGACCUUCAGGAUCAAGUUCUCCCCCUUGGAGGUAGCAGAGUGUGAGGCCAGGCUGGUCUGCAGGUCAGGAUCACGAACACAGACACACACUUACAAAUCAAGGCAGAGUUAAUUUUUGAUGUGUCUGUGCUUUCACACUUCCAUCAUCUCAAAUACUUUAUUUAUGUGUCUGUUUUAUGACAGCAUCCCCAACCUGAAAGACGAGCAGAGCCCCACCAUGGUGGUGUGUGGUCGCAGUUUACUGCCCUACUGCCACUUCCACCUGGAGGACUCAGACUACAUCAGUGGAAACAGACGUAACCCAGAACUACGUGGUCCUCAUGGGGCACUGCCCAGGGCCCCCCUGGACCCCAACACCAGGGUCAUAGAGUUCAGAUCUGUGGGCAUUGGCUCCUCCAUCCCUAGGUGGGUUGAUCACUCAUACCAUAAACAUGUUCACUACUUUUGAAUGGUAUAUUUCAUUGUAUCUUUUCCCCUGUACAGGCAGUUCAGCAUUGUAAACCCCACCAACAAGCUUUACUCCUUUAUCUGGAGAUGUGAAGAUGCAGGUGCCUCCCCUUUCCAAUGUCUCACACCCAAUAACUCCAUUCAGCCUGGGAAGAAAGUAGAGGUAUGGCUUAUGUAUAUUGUGCUUCACUUUGAGGUGCUUGAACACUGAUAAAAUGUCAGCUACUCUUACUGCUUUUAGUGCAGCUCCAGCGAACCCUGUUCUCUGCUGUUUUACUAUUUUGCUGUGAGAAAAUGUCAGCUGUAAAAUCUCUAAUUCUUCCCGCUGCAGGUAUCCUUUGAGUUCCAGGCCCAGGAGCCAGAUACAGUGGAGUCAUUCUGGACCUUCCUGAUCCCAGAUCAGAACCUGUCUGUGCCCUUCCUGCUGGUUGGAACAGCUAGUGAGCCUGUUGUCUACAUGGACCAUGCCCAUCUUAGCCUGGGAAACCUGCUAGUGGGUAAGUGCAAUACAGCAACUAAGGUAGAAAAUACCCACUGCACUCAAAUCAUUAUCAUAUGAGAUCAUUCUUAAUAACAUUAUCCUAAACACAACAUCAGUGUCUUAUAUAUAUAUAUAACCUGUGAACAUUUGUUGUGACAACAUGUCUCUCUGUGAAUGUCUCUGUAGGACGCAAGGCUCACCAAACAGUGUAUCUGCUGAAUGGAGAGAAUCAGCCCUUUCAGUUCUUCAUUGAGGAAACGUCCCGUUACUCAGAGGCCUUCCUAGACAGCCUGCAGCUGGAGCCCAUGGAGGGGGUGGUGCCACCUAAAGACAGGUGUGUACCUCAACUUCAUCGGUGAUACACCUGAAUCUAAUUUAAUAGAAUGGUGUAUCAGCCUAAGAGGGAUUGUCUGUUGUUACAGUUAAUGUAUUGUCAGAGUGAUACCCUUGACACAAAACAUCCUCUCUCUCCUGGUGUCCUGCAGGUUCCCUGUGGUUGUGUCUUUCACCCCGACACAAGAUGGAGUGGUGACCUUUAACCUGCUGGUCCAGGUGAAGGGGAAGGUCCAGCCCCUCAAUAUGAACGUCAAGGCAGAGGGCUACAGCAUGAAUGCCUGUGUGCAGUGUGAGAGCACAGAGGGAGGCGUCACCGAGCUGUCUCCAGGCAACUCUCAUCAUCAGGUGGACUUCAAACAGGUGAGAAAUGUUGGCUUCAAAGCUUAAGACAGACAGAAAGGCUCAUUAUACACUGAACUCCCCUUAAGCCUUUGAUGUGUGAAAUACAAAGAUCAUGCAAAUUCAUAGGUAAUUUUUCUCCCCUUUGCCCUAUUUGAAGUUUUAGAAUGACAUUUUUUUUCUUCCUUUUGCUUUUUGUCCUUGUUCAGGUGGAGCUCAGUGAUACGACAUUGUGUUCCUUCUUAGUGUCCAACCUGGGGAAGUUCAAUCUGGAUGUUCAGUAUGAGUUAUGGGGCCCGGCGGAGAUGCAGCGCCACCUAAAGGUGGAGACAGACAAGGGGAGUGUGGAGGUGGGCAGACAGAGCCGCUGUACUGUCACGUUCUUCCCCCUGCAGAAGUGUGUGCUCAAAGACGUGGGCCUCAACAUCAAGGUGAGCAUCUCAUCUUAGCAUAAUUGCUCUCCCUUUUCCUCAUGUCUACUGUGUGUAUGAUUCCAUUCUAUGAAUGAUUCCAUCCCUCUCCUCUUCAGAUUAAGAAUGGGCCUGUGUUCAGCUGCUCCAUCCUGGGUUCAGCAGUUGCCCCUGGCCUGGAUUUCUCCUUCUUGAAACACAACUUUGGAAUGAGCUUUAUCUACUGUGCGGGGAUGGUGCCAGCCACACAUACACUGAUCAUAAGCAACAAGGGAGAGAGAGGGAUCAGGUAACAGCUGACAGGUUGCCUGGCACUUUGCCUGUGUUUGAGCGACAACUUCAAAACCUAAACAAAACAGCAUAUAUCCAUUGUCAGGCUCGCUGUCAGACCAUUUAAUUUCCUCUCAAACUACCAAAUGAAAUGUAAUGAAAAAGACAGAGGGCCUCACUGCACUGGCAGGCAAUGGCAGACUUUAUAUAUCAGUGUUUCUCAAUGAGGGAGCUGCCAUAGCAGGUUAUUGUCCUCUCCAGUCUAGAUUGUCAGUUCUCCAACACCCCAUUCCUGGAGGUGGGCUUCCAGCCAGAGGUGCUGCCCCCUGGUGGGUCCAUGGAGGUGCCCAUCACCUUCUACCCACGGGAGGCCAUGCGCUACCAUGAGAGAGUGGUCUUCGAGAUCAAUGACUGUGCCAAGCAGGUGGUCGAGAUCCUAGGUCAAGGCAUUGAGAUGAAGGUGAGAUGUGGCUUGUGUGUGUAACAAUGUGCGUGUGGGGAGCUUGCGUGUGUGUGUGUUCAUGCUUGUGUGUCUUUAUGCAUACCUCCCCUGUGAACCUCCUCCUAACAGGUUGACUUUGAGGACCCCAGACACAAGGUGGUGAAUCUGGGGGCUCUGCAGAUUGGUCAGAAGAUCAGGAGGGUGAUUCCCCUGGUGAACAAUAGCCACUCCUCUCUAACCUUCUCCCUGCUACUCAGCUCUACUGUACACACUCUGCUGGACUCCAGGGUACGCCUCACAACCACCUCCACACCACUGACACUAUUCCCUCUCACUGACACACAAGUAGUGCAGUUGCUAGAUGAACAGAUGUUUUGCUCAGAAUAUAAAGAGAACAUAGUUGAGCCAGAAAUAGUGUUCCCUUUCAUGGGGUUGUCAUUCUAGAUGAGUUCUACCUGUGUGAGUGAGUGUGAUGAGACAUGUUCCUCUCCUGUACCGUAGGUGCUGUCAGUGAACCCGCCAGGUGAGGUGACCCUGAAGCCGUUUGGGGGCCGCUGUCUGGUUGAGGUGCUGUUCUCUCCCAGGCAGCGCAUGGCUCCCUUCACGUCAGAGCUGCAGUUUGAGUGUCUGGGCACGGUCCGCCCCCUGCUGGUACUGAAGGGCUGCUGUCUGGGAGUGGAGGUCAAGUUGGACCAGGACUACCUGCCCUUUGGAGCUGUUGCUCAGCGCUGCAAGGUCACAAGACGCAUCAUCAUGCAGAACACUGGAGACAUCGGAGCCAGGUAGGUGCUGAGUCAUUAGUGCUUUUUAAGGUCUAUUCGGUUUCGGUUCGAUUCUUAAAAAACAAUCACGGUUUUGUUUUUUAGUUUUGCACUAUGCAUUAUGUGGGUUGAAUGCUGUAACAACACAGGAUAAAAAAAAUUGUCCCAUGAUGGUAGUGACUGCCCAUUACUGUUUAUCACUUAUUAACCAUCAUUUAUUCACCUUACUUUAAUAAAAUAUUUCAGUUGGUUGUGUAUAUUACAUUUGUUUCAUUUGAUGACUUUAUUAUUUCAUUCCAAGUCAUCUCAUCUGUAGAGCUGCUGCCUAUGCUGUCUGACAAAAUCACUAUUUUAGCAGUUCUUCUUAAGUAAAUAAGGCAUACUUACACUGAGUGUACAAAAUAUUAAGAACACCUGCUCUUUCCAUGACAUAGACUGACCAGGUGAAUCCAGGUGAAAGCUAUGAUCCCUUAUUGAUGUCACUUGUUAAAUCCACUUCAAUCAGUGUAAAUGAAGGGGAGGAGACAGGUUAAAGAAGGAUUUUUAAGCCUUGAGACAAUUGAGACAUGGAUUGCGUAUGUGUGCCAUUCAGAGGGUGAAUGGGCAAGACAAAAUAUUUAAGUGUGUUUGAAUGGGGUAUGGUAGUAGGUGCCAGGCACACCAGUUUGAGUCAAGAACUGCAAUGCUGCUGGUAGAGAUACACUAUAUAUAGAAAAGUAUGUGGACACCCCUUCAAAUUAGUGGAUUUGGCUAUUUCAGCCACACCCGUUGCUGACAGGUAUAGAAAAUCGAGCACACAGCCAUGCAGUAGACAAACAUUGGCAGUAGAAUGGCCUUACCGAAGAGCUCAGUGACUUUCAACGUGGCACCGUCAUAGGAUGCCACCUUUCCAACAAGUCAGUUCGUCAAAUUUCUGCCCUGCUAGAGCUGCCCCGGUCAACUGUAAGUGCUGUUAUUGUGAAUUGGAAACAUCUAGGAGCAACAACAGCACAACUGCGAAGUGGUAGGCCACACAAGCACACAUAACGGGACCGCCAAGUGCUGAAGCUUGUAGCGUGUAAAAAUCGUCUGUCCUCGGUUGCAACACUCACUACCGAGUUCCAAACUGCCUCUGGAAACAACGUCAGCACAAUAACUGUUCUUCGGGAGCUUCAUGAAAUGGGUUUUCAUGGCCGAGCAGCCGCACACAAGCCUAAGAUCACCAUGCGCAAUACCAAGCGUCGACUGGAAUGGUAUAAAGCUCGCUGCCAUUGGACUCUGGAGCAGUGGAAACGCAUUCUCUGGAGUGAUGAAUCACACUUCAACAUCUGGCAGUCCGACGGAGGAAUCUGGGUUUGGCGGAUGCCAGGAGAACGCUACCUGCCCUAAUUCAUAAUGCCAACUGUAAAGUUUGGUGGAGGAGGAAUAAUGGUCUGGGGCUGUUUUUCAUGGUUCGGGCUAGGCCCCUUAGUUCCAGUGAAGGGAAAUCUUAACACUACAGCAUACAAUGACAUUCUAAACGAUUCUGUGCUUCCAUCUUUGUGGCAACAGUUUGGGGAAGGCCCUAAUGCUCUUGUGGCUGAAUGGAAGCAAGUCCCAGCAUCUAGUGGAAAGCCAGAAGAGUGGAGGCUGUUAUAGCAGCAAAGGGGGGACCAACUCCAUAUUAAGGCCCAUGAUGCUGGAAUGAGAUGUUCAACGAGAAGGUGUCCACAUACUUUUGGUCAUGUAGUGUACCUUGCGAAGUAACUGCUAACUAAUAAUAAUAUGCCAUUUAGCAGACGCUUUUAUCCAAAGCGACUUACAGUCAUGCGUGCACACAUUUCUUUGUGUAUGGGUGGUCCCGGGGAUCAAACCCACUACCUUGGCGUUACAAGCGCUGUGCUCUACCAGCUGAGCUACAGAGGACCCUCUAUCCCUCUCGAUCGCACGUUCUUCUCUCUUCUCUUCAUCUCCGGGCCCACACAGACCGGACAAGUAGGCACGUAAUGGAUUAUGUAGUUAAUUACCACAUUUUCUGCACUAUGUAGAAUAUUAGCAUGUUUGAAACUACAACCCCAUACUACAUCGCACAGUUCGGGCUUGAUCUGAUUUCUCUAGAGAAACUGCGCAUUGAGCUCAGAAACCCCACGAAAGAAAUGGAAUUCAAAUCAUUGAAACGAUGUCAGUCAAUUAGUUGUUUAAAAACUGAAAAAUAACCAAUUACAUUUUCAUUAAUCUGACACACAUACCAGUACUCAUGAUAAAGUUGAAUACUUUGCUAGAUACUGUAUGCUCUCCUAUUAUUGAUGGUCAUAAAAUUGUAAAGUAUGCUAUGCUACUGCUACAUACUAAUACUGUAGGUAUUAAUAGCCAUUAUCUAGCAUCCGUUGUAUUGAUGUAUGCAUCCUUGUGACUGUGUCAGGUUCCAGUGGGAAAUAAAGAGGUUUGGCAGAGACUUCUCCAUCACCCCUGUAGAGGGCUACAUCUGCCCCGGCAUGGAGGUGCCGUUUGAGGUGACCUUUUCCCCUGUGGAGCUGAGCCAGGAGCUGAGAUAUGAUGACCUGCCCUGCUCUAUAGAAGGAGCCAAGCCCAUCAAACUCACACUGGCAGGCUCCUGUAUCAUACCCCCGGUCACCAAAGAGGUAAGGCUUAGCUGCUUGGAAAUCUCUUUAAUACAACGCAUGUGCACAAUAUAGACCCAAAAUCUGCAUUAAAAAAAUAAUUUAAAAAAAGUGUGUUUAUUAAUGAUUGUUCCCUAUCUCUUGUUCCCCUUUCUCUACCCCUCUCAUUCUUCACAGGUGUUGCAUUUUGUGUGUCAGGUGCGCUGUCAGCACAUUCAGUCACUGACCCUGUCCAACCGCACUAACCAGCGCUGGACUCUGAAACCUUUGAUCGAGGGGGAGCACUGGAGUGGCCCUCCCUCCUUCAUCAUCGAGCCCUACCAGCAGAACAAGGCCUAUGAGAUCACAUACAAACCCAUGGUCACGACCGCCGAUGGCAAGAAGCACCUGGUGAGACACUUUCACUGCAGCGCUUUCUUGGCUCAGACUGAGCAUGUUUGUAGUGUGAAGAGCCUUGAAUAUGAUGACAAAUUCUUAUUGUUGCCGACAAUUAACAUAUUUUGGUUUUUGUCAAAUAAUAUGUUUAUACGAUAGAGUAUAUUAUAGCAUUAUGUACUAAAGAUGCAUGCUGUGAUUUGUCUCUGUUGCUUGACCCUACUAUCCUCCUCUCCCUCUUCCAGGGCUCUGUGUUCUUCUCCUUUCCAGAUGGGACAGGCAUGCUUUACACUCUGCAUGGCACUGCUGAGGCCCCCAAGGCUGUGGCCACCAUCACCCACGAGAUGCCCUCCAAGACCCAGUACACUGAGAUGGUGCAUGUCCACAACUGGCUCUCCAAACCUCAGAGGUACCACACUACUACUUUAGCAGGAUGUCUAUCAGCUGCUUACUGAUUCUACCUCUGUCACACUACACUCCUAAUACGUUGCCACAACUUUGUUAGCUGCCAGUGUUAAGCUGUUCUGUAUGCAGGUUCCGUGCUGUAGUGGAGAUCAUCAAGCCAGAGAGGCCAGACAGCACUGUGUCCCUGAAGGGUCUGGACUAUCUGGAUGUACCAGCUCUGGCCAAGAGGGACUACAAGGUCUCCUUCUUCACCUACAAGGAGGGCCAGUACAACGCCAAGGUGAGUGGAGAUUUACAUUAUAAAUGCAAACAGGAGAAUACUAUCUAUCUUCAGGUACGUUUAGAUUGCAAUACCACCCUACUACCUACGCAUAGAUGAAGAAUGCCAAAGGCAGCUGUUUUCCAAGUUGACUUUGUAUUCAACCAUAUGUGUCAUGUCCUCCUCUCCUCCCUGCCCUCCAGGUGACAUUCCGUAAUGAGUCUACAGGGGAGUACCUGUUCUACUACCUGAACUUCAAGGCCACAGCGCCGGGUGUCAUCAGCACCAUAGAAAUGGUGACUCCGGUGCGCCAGACAGCCUCUGCCUCUGUCAGGGUGGAGAACCCCCUCCCCAUUAGCCUGUACUUCAGCGCUGAGUGCCGCAGCCCAGACGUCAGUGUGCCUCCACAGCUCUCUACGCCUGCACUCUCCAAGGUGGGUCUACAUGCACCGGACUUCAUCUAUUAUGUUGACUAUGAUUGCUUUUCCUUGGCAUAUACACUGUAUCAAACCAAUGCAUGAUUGUUCCAUUUUUUUAUAUUUUUUAUUUCAAUCGCAGGCCACUCUUUCAUUCGAGUACCAGCCCCUGCGUGCGGGCGAGUCCACCGCUCGUCUCAUUCUUCAUAAUGGAGAGUUGGGCUACUUCCACUAUGAGCUGUUGCUGAAAGCCCUGCCAGCGUCACAUGAGAAACCGCUCUACUUCCGUGCUCCGCUGGGCAGCGGACACUCCGUCUCUGCCAAGUUUACCAACUACUCCCGCGUCAAGGCAGAGUAUGCCUGCAAGGUACUGGAUCCACCUGCAAUCAUUUACCCACACAGCCAGGCACACAGCUCAUGCUUGAUGACCACUGUUACCUGGAAACCUGUUGUCUUACUGCCUUUCUCUACAAAUUGUACUUUUUAUAGAAUAUCUUGUAGACAUUGGAUAAUACAAGCUAUAGCAUUUCCAUUAUAGAUUUUAUACAUUAUCUCGGGGAAUGCAUGAUCAUAAAAUUCUGAUGAUAUGAUAUGAGGUGUGAGUUCCUCUGUGUCUCUCUCAGACAGACAGUCCUGACUUCAUUGUGGAGAAGAACAUCAACGCUGCAGCUGGCUACCAGGCGGGCACCGACAUCAGCCUGGAGGUCUACUUUGAGCCUUGUCAGUUGGGGGAGAUCCGUGGCAUGCUCACCCUCUCCUCAGGGUUUGGUGGAGAAUACAUGUUCCCUCUCUUUGGGUGCUGCACUCUUCCCAAAGCCCAGGGCCCCUUCACCAUACGCGCCGGAUCCAGCGUGUCCAUCCCUUUUAAGAAUGUGUUUGUUCAGACCACAGCCUUCUCCUUCCAGGUGGACAGCCCAGCCUUCACUGUGAAGGGUGUGGAGACCAUCCGGCCCAAGAAGACCCAUAACAUUCUGGUGAUGUUCGAGGGGCCACCCCCUGGCUCCCGAGGGCCCUGCAGUGGUAAGCUGACCAUCUCCAGCCCGCGCUCUGAGGGCCACGGCCAGAGCAUCUCCUGGGUCUUCUACCUGACGGGCUACUGCCCUGAGCUGGCCCAGAGGGACAAGACCUCCUAA